UAUGAGUAAUUGAGUUGAUCUAUUUAGAAAUUGUUUGGUAGUUUUGACUUUAUGUCAUCAGAAUUGUUUGUGUAUGUUCCAUGUCGCACUGUUUUGUUCCUGUAUGAGAUUGUCUGAUACAAGCUUGUCCAGGGAUUAAUUUUGUGAAGAUCUCAGGAACAUACUUGUUUUGUGUCUGUACUUCAAUCCGAUCUCUGAAUCUAUUCAAACUUGUGCGUAAGGGGAUUGUAUGGUUAGCUUGUGUAAGAUAUUGCAAAUGAUUUUGUGGAAGUUUGAUUCAACUUCCUGAUUCACAACAUCGAUUGCGAUUCAUAUCAUCAUUUCUUAUUAAUCAUCAGAUAAUCAACUUUCCAACAAUGAACGGAAGUCCACAAGGUUCAGGAACUGCAGUGGCAGAUCAACCUGACCAUGAUACAAUUAAAAUGUUUGUUGGUCAAAUUCCCAAGUCUUGGGACGAACUGCAACUACGACAAUUAUUUGAAAAGUUCGGCCGAAUCUAUCAAUUGAAUAUUUUGCGAGAGAAGGGACUUACUACAAGUAAAGGUUGCUGCUUUGUUACAUUUUAUUCAAGAAAAUCUGCUUUAGAUGCUCAAAAUGAACUUCACAAUAUUAAGAAAUUACCUGGGAUGCAUCAUCCUGUACAAGUUAAACCAGCAGACAGUGAAGGAAGGAAUGAAGAGAGAAAAUUAUUUAUCGGAAUGUUGAGUAAAAAAUUGUCAGAAAGUGAUAUUAGAAUGAUGUUUGCACAAUUCGGAGAUAUUGAGGAAUGUCGGUUACUCACGAACGCGGAAGGUGGAAGCAAAGGAUGUGCAUUUGUUACAUUUUCUAAGAAACACAUGGCACAAAAUGCAAUAAGAAGUAUGCAUCAUUCAACAACAAUGGAGGGUUGCUCAGCCCCCUUGGUAGUAAAAAUUGCCGACACACCAAAAGAUAAAGAACGCAAGAAGAUGCAAACACAAGUACAAACACAGAUAAACGCACUCACAAAUCAAUGGAAAAGCCUUGCUAAUCUUGCCAUGAUUGCCCCACUUCUUCAACAAGGUGCUCAAAAUUAUUCGAAUCAGUUUGGAAAUAAUCCUAUGCAGAUGCCAAACUUAGGCCAGUUAUCGAGUGCACAAUUGCAACAAGCCUUAGCAUUAGCUGCUGCUGCACAGUCUAUUCUUAACAAUAAUCAGUCAUCGGUCGGUACCGGUACUAUGAGUCCAGUGAGUCCUGGUCUCGGCAACACAGCAACUGGUUCUACAGGAGCUCCACUGUCAACAUUAUCUUCUCCUCAUGGUAGCAAUAAUAUCCAAAUCAAUCCUGGAGGUAAUGGAAACUAUAGAACACAGAAUCACAAUUCUCCACUGUGGAACCAAAAUUCGCCGCACAAUGGAGGAUCAACAUCAAGCAAUGGGUAUAAUGGUACAAAUAACCAUGGCCAUAACAACAAUAACAAUCCUCUUAGUCAAAUGACGUGUUCGCUUGGUAUGAAUGGUCCACAACAUGACGGAAUGAACGCAGGUCCUGGUGGCGUUUUGGCUAAUAUGACUGGAUUGCAUGCAAAUCCUUAUGCUCAGACGCUAAUGAAUGCUAAUGGACCUGCGGGAAGUCAAAAAGAAGGUCCUGAAGGUGCAAACCUAUUUAUAUAUCAUUUGCCGUCAGAGUUCAGUGACCACGAUCUCAUGCAGACCUUUCUACCUUUUGGAAAUGUCAUUUCCUCUAAAGUAUUUAUUGACAAACAGACAAAUCUCAGCAAAUGUUUUGGUUUUGUAAGCUAUGACAAUUCUGUAUCGGCACAAAAUGCUAUUCAAGCAAUGAACGGAUUUCAAAUUGGUAUGAAACGAUUAAAAGUCCAAUUGAAGCGUUCAAAAAAUGACAGCAAACCUUAUUAACAAACACGUCAACAAAUUUUUGAAGGGUGUUCAUCGUCAUUGUUGUGAAAAAGUUAUUGCGUUCGUGUUCAACUUUGUUCUUAUUCAUUUUAUGUUGUGAAGAAGUCAACAGUUUGUUUGUAAUUUACUUUGUUUGAAAAUUGAUAUCAAAUUUCUUGGUUUCUUUUUUGCACUUUUCUAUCAGGAGAUGUCAAAGUGAAGACACUAGGAGUAUGGGACAUUUGAUUUGUAUAUUCUGCCCUUUCCCAAUGACAAGUGUCACUCACUGAUUGCAAAUUUGUCAAAUCCUUUAUUUUAGAAUUGUUAGCCUGUCAUAAUAUCAACACUUAUCUACUUGUCGAGUUCGUAGUUAAAAUUCAGAUUUGGAGAUUUUUUAACAAAACAAUUUUAUUGUGAUUUCAACGUCACUAUAUCUAGAGAACAAGUGCUCAUUCGUGUUGCAGAAUGAUAGAGAUCCAUGUCCCAUAUUCCUUUGUCUGUUACAUUGAUUCUUCUUGACACACUAUUCUGUAUCUGAAGCAUCAUACAAAGUUUUCUUCUAACCAGCUGCCUAUUAGAACAUUUACACGAUAUUGCAUCAUGCGUGGCUGUGUGAAAUCACACACUGUUUACUGUAGAUAAGAUUUUUCUUCUUUGUCGUUUUAAUGAUUGCUAACAAUACUAAUGGCAAUUUAUUGUGUAGUCUGACAAUGUUAGGAGAAUCGAACUAAAGAAAUAUACAUCUAAAAAAAGUUUGGAUAAUGGACUGGUUUUCAGUUCCUAAUGUAGUUUUCGAAAUUCCAAUUCACAUAUUAUUUCACCACAAUGUAUUAAGAUUGGUGUUACACACCCCAGUUUCGUCAACCAUGUCUGGUCAUAUAGUGGGGUGAUAAAAUCUUAUACUAUACUUUUAUGUCAGAAAUGUGGUAUAUACUAUGAAAAUAUGUUGCAUUGUGUUAUACUUGCGGAGUUUAAAUUUUUCCUAUUAGUUCCAGAAUCGAAGGUGUUUUUAUAUUACUCUCGAGGAGUGUGUUUUUCGACUCCCAACUAGUUUUAGUAUGGGAUUCAUUGGAGUUGUACUUGUAGAAAUAUACUCAACAGUGUUAAUUUUCAAAUUACAAAUAUAUAUGUACAGAAUAAUAGCGAAGUUGUCAAAAUUAUCUUUUGACAAAAUAUAUGAUUUCUCAGAGUAGAUAUUUGCAGCAUUCAUCUUGAAUCGCAGAAGUAAGAGAGAUACCCAUUUUGCAUUUAUUUAAAUUUGACUUUACAACAUUCAAAAUGAAAAUGUCAUUACUUUUGACAAAGUGCUCAAAAGAUUAUGAUGUUUUUUUCUAGCUUCAAGUUUAUAAUGCUAACCUCAAUUAGUUGUAUUUACGUUCGAGCAUUUGGUGCGGAUGGUAUUGAUAUCGGUGCAUUUAGUUUUUGAUCUUCACCCAAAACCAUUUCGUUAGUUUGAUUUUAAAUUGUGUUUGUCCUGGGAGUCCUCUUAUUAGUUCAUGGUUUUAUUUAUUUUUAUUUUUUGUUGUUUUCAUUUUUUAGUCGAGAGUUAUAUUUUAUCCCAUAUCAGUAAUAUGUGAGAUAUAGUUAUAUUUACGGUGUUUCUGGAAUUUUUUUUCGUUGUUUUCUUCAUUUGUUUUACCACAAAAACAAAAUUAAAUAUAUAUUGUAUUUAUUUUUCUGUGAUUAAGCCAGGCAUUUUAAAAUCUGUAUAGUGGAACCUUUUGUUUAAUGACAUCAUAAGCUCAUAUAGUUACUGAAAAUAUCUUAACUGUGCCAUUAUUCAUUUUAAACUUAUGACAAAAGUUUCGUGUGACUUUUGAAUUCAUUAAAUUUGUAACUGCUGAAUAGCGUAUGAUAAAUUCUGUAUCCAGGAUUGCGACUUUAUAGGAUCACUCAUAAUGUGCACAGUUAAAUUUACUGAGAAUUUUUAAAAUGCCUAGCUCCAUCCCAGAUUCUUGCUCCUCUAUUUGUUUUUAUUCGUUAUGUCUAGAUUUCUUUAAAUCGGCAGAUAUAGUAUUCUCUUCAGUGUGACAAUGGUUAUUGUUGUUAUUGAUAAUUUUCCUAAUAGUAAUAAAAGUAUAUGUUACAUAGAAAUUCUAUAUAAGAGUUUAUAUUUUGUCCUUAUUAAAUGUUAUUUACUGUUAUUGUUAAUGUUUUCCCCUAUAUUUGUUCUAUCCUAGUCUCAAUAAAUGUUGUGUUACAAUGUCACAGUGUUUUCAAGUCAUUGAAAAUGAAUAUAGUAUAGCGUGACCCGAAAAAAACGGAAUCCAGGCCAUUUGGAACAAAUCUUCUGGGUUCCGUUUUUUGGGGUCACCCUUCAUACUGAUUGAAAUUGAAUAAUUCGAAGGCAAAAUGGUUAUGGAACACUUUGUAAAAUAUGCUGUGUUAUAUUGAUGUCUUUAACAUACAACAACUGAACUGCUUGUUAAUUAGAUCAUUUGUAUCUCACUUAUUUAAGCUUUGUUCACCUUUGUCACAUCCAACUGUCGUUAUUACUGAUGUUAUGUAUCCAAAAUUUUAUAUUCCUUGACGCUUUCUCUAUUCGAUGUUUCGGCGUCAUUUUGCAGUAUAACUGUUUUAGUAUUUGGCCCCAUGAAGCUGCUUGUUAAAUUUUAUCAAAGAAAUCGAUACCAAAUCAUAUUAUGUAUAAAUUGUGACAAGGGAUGUCUUUACAAAACUGCUGUGUUAUUUAUUUAGUUCAAUUUUGAACCCCCAAUACUCUUAUAAUAAUCAGUAAAAUGUACAUACGACGUUUUACUACACAUAUUAAGAAGUAAUUUUAGAGAGUCUGUAGAAAAUUUCAAUGAAGCAAUCUAUUACUUUGGGUUUUAUUUUAACUAAACUUUUUGGACAUCCCUGUAUGUGAUACAAAAAAUUUGUUAAUGUCAUGAUUUGGUGAUGCAGUCAUUUCUGAUUUUGUCAAAAUGUUAAAUUUUUGUGGAAAGUAUGCGUUGGUGUUUUAAAUUUGUGAAAAAUAAAAACGGUAUGUGAAAAUUGCUUGAUGCAUUAUAACAAAAUUUAUUGUUUUAUCAUUUUGAUUCUCUCAAUUAACAUGGUUAAUUUUCUGUUAGAACUAGAAUUGAACAGUACAUAAUACUAUAAAUUUUUAUUCCAAAAAAUUUGACAUAGCGGCCGUCAUAAUUGCACAUUGGACUAUAUUUAUAUGAUUGUUCUUUUCAAUACGGUUUUGAAAUUCUCUUCCGGUGGUGUUACUCAAGAAUACAAGAAUUAUAUUCAUUUGGCAAGAUGUGCUUAAUCACAACCAAAAAUUUGUUUCAAACAAACAAUAGUAAGGAAAUAAUAGCUAGAUUAUUCCCUAUUCCGAAUUUUAUAUGAAGGUAGAUGCUAUGGUGUUAAAUAGUGUUCACGUUGUGUCCAGAGUAUAGUAUUGUGUUAAAUGUGUAUGUUUGUCGUUAUCUGUCUAUUUUGUGUGCUGAGUUACUCACAUUUGUAAGGUUGGUGAAAUGGCCUAGUUUAAACUUCGAUAUAUAUGUUACAUGGACUAUACAAUAGCUUUAUUUAUUGCUUUCUGCACAUAUUUUCAUCUAAUUUGCACCUUCAAAACUAACAUGAUUCAUUACAGUAUGGUGUUUCUUUCCAACAUUUCUUUUAAAUUUGUAUUACAAAAAUUCGAUUUUUGACCUGGACGCGUAUCAGUCAGCCUCUUGCAUCUGGUCGUCUCCAGUCCCAGUUUCAGUGAUUGUUUUUGUCUCGGUUUUGUUUUCGUCGUGCAGAAUAAAUGUGUGCAUGUUAUAUUAUAGUUCGUUCAAAUGA